AUGUCACUGCAUUCGGUUGAGCUACAGCGAUCCGACUCCAUAGCCACAUCCUCAGCCACGUCCUCGAGGACCUCCGAUUUCGAGGAUGCACAUACCCAUUUCAGCGACGACCUAUCGAUACAGGCUGCUGAAUCUGAAGACCCACAACCAACACAAGUUGCAAGUUCUGAACCUCCGGUUGUGACGGAGUCUGAGGAGGGAGACAUCACCGUGGGACCUCUUGAGUCCGCGAGAGAGGGAGACAACUUGAGCCUGACGCCUCAAGCAACCAUCGAAUCUCAGCCAACGAUCCGCAAACAACCAACCUACGAACAGAUCAAAGAGGAAGAGUUCCAAAAAACGAAAACAGAAAAUCAACGGCAGAGAGAAGAGGAGCAGACAAAGUAUGUGGCCGAGCAUGGACGGUACAGGAGGGAAGAGAGUGAAUGUCACGAGUAUUGGUGCUCGCUAUACGGUGAAGAUGAUGUUUGCUGCAGCGAGCUCCGAGGAAACUGUUUUCAGAGCCCUGAACUGUGUAUCACCACGUGUUUCGCUUGCUGCUUCUCGUCUACAAUAGGUGUAUGCAUUACGUUGUGUACCACUUGA